AUGGAAGAAAGAAUUCCUCUAAUAAGAAUACAGGCUGAAGAAGGCACAACUCGGACACCAGAUGGUGAAGACAAUGAUGGUAGCGAAAUCAAUGCGGGGUCCUCAAGAGCUCUUUCGGCAGCGACAUCUAGAGAAGACGAUGAUGAUUCAAGCAACAAUGCCAGCAACGAAAGCAAAAGUCCCGGUCAAAGGACCAAUGCUACUUGCACUAUUGAAAACCUGACGCCACAAUUCUUUGCUGAAUUGAUGCGCCUCCGAUCUUACGGUCUCAAAAUC